UAUAUUUGUAUCAGAUGCCAUUCUGAGCUCAAAAACAGACUUAAGGGAGUAGAUUGCAGUUAUGACAAAAUUCUGGGUCCCAAUGUAAGAUUUCCCUUGAGCUUCAUUAUUCACACUCUUCGUCUCCCUUCUUGCUUAACUCUUGAGAUCCAACAUAAACCUGCCCUAUUGAGUAAAUCCAAGAAAACCUCAAAAAAAACAUGACAUAAACUGAUCAAACAAAACAAAUCAUAGCAUAUGGCACAAUCCAAGAAAACCCUCAAAAAUUUAAUCCCACUUUUCAUUCUCCUCUCUCUUUCUGCUCUUUUUCUCUUCUCUUUCCACCCUUCAAACUUAAAUUCCACCAAAUCUUUCUCUUUUAACCCUCACAACCCUCAAACUCACCAAAAAUUCACUUUUAUCAUCAAAGUUCUCACCUUUAACCGCUUUGAGUCCCUCUCUAGGUGUCUCAAUUCACUUUCCAAAGCACACUAUGAUAACCAUGUUGUUCAUCUCCAUAUCUACAUUGAUCAUUUUCAAGAUUCCUCAAAAGGGUAUGUAGAAAUUGACCAAAAAUUGAAUCUUUCUAAAAGAAUUCUUGAUUUUGUUGAUGGGUUUUCUUGGAAAUAUGGGGAAAAGUUGGUACAUUAUAGGACUUGUAAUAUUGGACUUCAAAGUCAGUGGUUGGAAGCUUGGUGGCCUAGCUCUGAUGAUGAGUUUGCCUUUGUUGUGGAAGAUGAUCUUGAAUUGUCACCUCUUUAUUUUAGGUUCUUGAAGAGUUUGAUUGAGAAUUAUUAUUAUAAUGAAUCCAAUUUUAGUCCUAUGAUUUAUGGGGCUUCCUUGCAGAGGCCAAGGUUUGUACCAGCCAUAUUGUUAGUCAACUAGAUGGUUUAUUAGUCU